GAGAAUAUAGUGUGUGAGCACCCACGCUGAGGUGAGGUAGCCUCAGAUGUGGCAACGGUGUUUAGUAGCAAGUGUAAUGGGAGGCAGCGAGACACUCACUCUCGCUUUAUUUUAGACCAAAUCUCUCUAUACACUCAACUUUUUUUUUGACAGAAGAGAGAAAAUUCGACGUACCGCAUAGGCUGAGAGAGGCUUCUGUGAACCACAGUGUCUGCCACCUCUUGUGUGCUGUCCAUCACCAAGCUGUUGUGAGUGGUGCUUGGUGCCUGCACUGUGAAUCAGCAAAUGUUCACAGAUUUUUCAGCAUGGAAGCAGUAGCGAAACAUGAUUUUAAUGCCACAGCUGAGGAUGAGCUCAGUUUUAGGAAAGGGCAAAUUUUAAAGGUACUGAAUAUGGAAGAUGACAUGAAUUGGUAUAGGGCAGAAUUGGAUGGCAGAGAAGGACUCAUUCCCAGCAACUAUAUUGAGAUGAAAAACCAUGAAUGGUAUUACGGAAGGAUAACACGUGCAGAUGCAGAAAAACUUUUACUCAAUAAACAUGAAGGAGCCUUUCUCAUUCGGGUCAGUGAGAGUUCUCCUGGUGAUUUUUCGCUAUCAGUCAAUGGUUCGUUGGAAGAUAAAGAUAAACCUCACUCAUCUCCACGAUGUGGUGAUGGUGUCCAACACUUCAAAGUUUUACGGGAUGCGCAAGGCAAGUUUUUCCUAUGGGUUGUUAAAUUCAACUCUUUAAAUGAACUGGUAGAAUAUCAUCGAUCAGCCUCAGUCUCUCGCUCACACGAUAUCAAGCUCAAGGACAUGACUCCAGAAGAGUUCCUAGUGCAAGCCUUGUAUGACUUCACUCCACAAGAACAUGGAGAGCUGGAAUUUAAGCGAGGUGAUGUUAUCACCGUAACAGACCGAUCGGACCAACAUUGGUGGACUGGUGAAAUGGGUAAUCGUAGGGGGCUCUUCCCUGCUACGUAUGUUGCUCCGUACCAUACCUAGGUGGUUGCUGUAAUAGUACCUCUUCUUCUUGGUACCUUGACUCAGAAGGUGCCCAUUCUUGUGUAUCCCUUAUUCUUGAAGGGUACCCCCAUCUAGUUUUGGUCAGGUUUUCCCAGACUGUAUCUAGACAGAGACUGUGAAUGAGACCUUGUUCAAAACUGUGAAAACAAGCUGGCAUGGCUAGGUUGGCCUUGGUGUAUAAGGCAAAGACUGAGGGAAGUGAUGGUUGGCUAGCCACUAGUAAUACAGUAAUUGUACUUAUUUCUGUGGCUUACAUCCCAGUCGUUAGUUACGCCAAUAUUAUAUUUUGAGUGAUCCUCCUGCUAAAAUGGAAUAGCCUGCCAUGUGUUAUGUUUAUUAUUGGUGCCAUUUCAUAUCUAUCCUCCACAGCAGUUUUAUAGAGAAUCAUUCUAAAGAAAAUUACAUAUGUCUUAUUCUUGCCACAAGCUCAUAUUUCACUACUGAAUUUUUAAACCUGAUUUUUUGUUGCAUUAAACAGAUAUGUGAUCCCUGGAGUAUUGAAAUGUGUAGUAGCUUGAGGAGUCAGUUAAAUUAGCCUUGCAUGGCUUUGAACAUAACCAUGGUUAUUCUCAAUUGUAACAAUCUUAGCACAAAAAAUUGGAGUUUUUCAAUGUUUUCUUGCCUCACCUACACAUGUUACCAUCAUUACCUGAAUCUAAGAUUACAUGUAUAGAACAGAUAAGUGAACUAUAUACAAAAAAAGCUGUAGCAUAAUUUUUCAUAAUUUACAAUAGGUUAUAUGCAUGCCAAGGCUUUAAAUUCAGGUAAAGUUGGUCCAAAUUUUAGGAAUAUAAUACCAGAAAAUGAAGCUAUAGAUAUUGGCUUUUACGAAAACUGGUAAGCACAAUUUUUAUACUGGUAGAAUUCUAAUAAAUAUGUUGAAUGUAUGAGGUUAUAUGUACAUGAUUAUUAGUUAUACCAGUCACAUAACAAAUGGUCUGGAUAACACAAGUCAGAGUGGAGUGUGAGUGGUAGCCCAGCUGAGUACGUAGUGGUUGUGAGACUUAAUAAUAUACACUUGGAUGCUGAGUAACAAUGAUUUUAAACCAAAUGCUUGUUCUUGUUAACACAUUCUAUAAUUCAUACAAAAAAGUUCAUUAUUAAAUUAAAAAAAAUUCCUUCUGAUAAUUUCAAUGUGUUGGAUUUUAUUUGUUUUCCUGUUUAGUAUUUUGUCAUAUGGAGGCUAUUUCGGCUUCAGAGGUCUUGGGGCAAGGUUUCUAAGUAUGCUCAGUAAAAGUAUGAAAUUUGUUCUACUGUAGUACAAUAAUUAUUCAUUUCCUAUACAGUAUAUAAUUUUAUAUCUAAUUUUUAGGUAAUUAGAAGGAAAAGUAUUUCUAAGAUAUUUUUUGUUUGUAGUUGCACUGUGCACAGUUUAGAGAUGCCCCAUAGCUCAAAGCACCUGAAGUUAAUAGUGUUGGUUCCUAGUUUGUUCCUCCAAAGUGUGGAUUGUUUAGCCAGAUUAAUACUGCCGAGUGAUGUGUUGCAGGCUUACAAUUUAUUAUAAGUUUAAAAGAUUAUUUUUUGUCCAUUUUUUAAGAUACAAAUGACUAGCUUGUUUUAUAUUGCCUCCAUUUAUGUGAGUUUCUUUUUUUGGGUGGUCAAGAAAACGAGGUAAAUCUAAUUGUCUGAAUCUUACGUUAUACUUACCAGUCUCGUUCAUUAUAUUGAAGCCAGAUAAUCAGAGUUGUUACUGCUUGAAUGUUUUAAAAUUUUAUUUGGAUAUCACAAGUCUGAAGGGGACUUCUUGUGAGUGGAAUGAUAAUUAUAAAGCUGUGAGGAAUGGAAUUUUGAUAUUAUAUAAUAGUAAGACUUUAAUCAUAGAAGACAUCUGUAUUAACAAAUUGUUAUUUGAAAUUCAUACAAAGGGAUUUUACCAAUACCAUGAAAUCUGAUGUGUAUAUAUGUGCUGCUUUUGAAAAUAGAGCUGACUCAAAUUAAGUUUAAAUAAACAUGAAUAUCAAAA